AUGGUACCGCAACACCGUCUCGUGCCAGAAAUGAAUCUGCAGAAUUUUACAUACAAAGAGCUCGAAAGAGCUACAGGAGGAUUCAAGGAAGAACUCGGUAGGGGUGCUUUUGGAAUUGUUUACAGGGGGGCACUAGCCAACGAAGACAAACCGCUCAUCGCAGUAAAGAAAUUAGAAAAGAUGGCCGGGGAGGGCGACACAGAAUUCAAAACCGAAGUGAAAGUUAUUGGAAGAACAAAUCACAAGAAUCUGGUUCAACUUGUUGGAUUCUGUAACGAAGGGCAAAAUCGCCUUCUGGUCUACGAGUACAUGAGCAGUGGCUCCUUGUCCAACUACAUAUUUGGAUAUUCAAGGCCUAGUUGGCACCGAAGAAUGCAAAUUGCUUUCGGUGUAGCCAGAGGGCUCCUUUACCUCCAUGAAGAAUGCAGCUCCCAGAUAAUCCAUUGUGAUAUCAAGCCUCAAAAUAUCCUGCCCGACGAAUCUCUUAACGCCAGGAUUUCUGAUUUCGGACUAGCCAAGCUGUUGAAGACGGACCAAACCAAAACAACGACAGCAAUCGGGGGGACGAAAGGGUAUGUAGCUCCUGAAUGGUUCAAGAGCCUGCCUGUCACAACCAAAGUAGAUACCUACAGCUUCGGCAUUCUCUUGCUGGAGCUAGUUUGCUGCAGAAAGAACUUUGAGAUUAAUGCGAUGCAAGAAGAUCAGAUAGUUCUUGCAGACUGGGCAUGUGAUUGCCUUAAAGAAGGAAAGUUGAACCUUUUAGUAGAAGAAGAUGAAGAGGCAAUGGAAGACAUGAAAAGGGUAGAGAGGUUUGUGAUGGUUGCAAUUUGGUGCAUUCAGGAGGGUCCAUCUUUAAGACCUGGAAUGAAGAAAGUUGUGCAGAUGUUAGAAGGAAGUGUUCAAGUCUCUGUUCCUCCUGAUCCUUCAUCAUUUAUCAGCACGAUCUAAAUCUUUUUGUACACAUAUAUAUAUUCAAAA